AUGUCACAGAGAUUAGAUUCAUUGAAUGGGAAGAAGGCAUCAUCUACACCUUCAAAGCCAUCGUUAAAGUUCAAGCCAAAGGUUGUGGCUAGAAAGACCAAGGAAGAAAGAGAUAAGGAUGCGCCUGUGGUAAAACAAGAAACUUCUAGAAACUCUUCCAAUAGAGGUAGAGGCUCUACAAGAGGUAGAGGUAGAGGUGGUGGUGGGCGUGCUAACUAUGCUGGAACCAGCUUAGUUACUGCGGGACCCUUAGCUCAAGGUACAGUUUCACUUGGAGUGUCUACUAAUUCCAUGGGGUUCAAAGUCCACCGAGAAUCGGGUCCAAGUGUAUCACCAACACCAGAGUUCUUGAGUAAUUUGAAACUUAAAGAUCCCUCGCAGCUGCAGCGUUCUUAUAGUCCGGAGUCACAAGGUGAAGAAGCUGAUGACGAUGAUGAAAACGAAAAUGACGUUACUAGAAUAAAUAUGAACAGAGAAUAUCGUUUUGCUGAUGAAGAAACCGUUCUCUUCCCUGUUAGACCAACCAGAAAGGAAUCCACUCCAACUAUUCUGCUUUCAAGAGAAAGUACUGUGGACCCAUAUUCCAGAGAACCCUCAGCACCGCCAGUACCACCAGAAUCUGGCGAAAUCAAGGUCAAGCAAGAAGAUGACAUUAAUACAUUCAAUUUCUUGGGUACCCAAUAUAGUACUCUUGAACCCGUGAUACCAUUAUCCAGAGACCCCUCAGAUGAAACAAGUAAAUUACUUUCUGACCAUAAUCUGAUCUUAAAAUUGGUUACAAAGCAGCUUAAAACCUUAUCAACAGAAGAAGAAGAACAUCAGUCCCCCCAACAUUCAGAAGACUACAUCUUAUUACAAAUGCCAAAGCUACUUCCCCAGUUUGAACCUCCUCAACCCAAGCCACAACCACCACACGAUGAACAUGUCAUUGUUAAACAAGAAGAAAAGCCAUCUGAUGUGGAAGAAAAGCAGCAGCAACAUGAAGAUCAAAAGCCCAAGAAGAAGUCUAAACAAAAGGGCAAAUUGGCUACUGAUGUUUCAACGUUAUCUGGGCAAAUUGGUCAAUUAAAUAUUCAUAAGUCGGGUAAGAUUUCCGUUACUAUGGGGGAUGGUAUAAUGUUUAACGUCUCUAAAGGUACUCAAUCUCAAUUCCUUCAAGAAUUAUGCAUGAUAGAACUUGGUCCUGAUCCUUCCUCUAGUGAGGCAGAUGUGGAAAUGUUGGAUGAAAAUGGAGUUAAAGUUAUUGGGAAAACGCUUCGUUUGGGUUCCAUAACUGAUAAAGUUAUCUUAACCCCCAAUUUUUCAUAG